UUAUUGUUUGUGUUCAUGUUCGCGUUGAGUUGAAUUUUGAGCGAGGUCUAAGAGUGUAAGAUGUGUAGAUUAUGAAUUGUUGAAAAUUCUGUGCUGCCGACUCUGUUUUCUUGCUCUGUUGUUAUGGCUAUUAGCUUCAUAACGGUUUAGGUUUUUAUAUUGCGACUGUAGUUAUUGAAAUAUUGUUGAAUAAGUUUGGUAUCUGUAGUACGUAAAUGAUCUGUUCAAUUUCCAUAGGUUAUAGGUUAAAUUUGACGAAGGCAUUGACCUGUUAGUUCUCAAUUAAAACUAAUUUAGAUUUAAACAGGAUUUAAUCUGAUAUAUGACUACAAAUUUAGGCUCACUUGUUUACUAUCUGGAAGUGCAACAUGAGUUUUUCAAGUGAUGAAGUAAACUUCCUUGUAUACAGAUACCUUCAAGAAUCAGGAUUCCAACACUCUGCCUAUACAUUUGGCAUAGAAUCGCACAUAUCACAGUCAAACAUCAAUGGAGCCUUGGUGCCACCUGCUGCUCUCCUCAGCAUCUUGCAGAAGGGUCUGCAGUACACAGAGGCUGAGAUCAGUCUGGGCGAGGAUGGGACGGAGCAGCGACUAGUGGAAAGCCUAUCCCUGAUUGAUGCUGUGAUGCCAGACAUAGUUGCAACACGACAGAAUCAGCAGAACCAACAGAAACAACAAAUGAUCAAAAGUGAACCUCCUGAAGCUAAUGGCGAGGAAGCUAAACCAACUACUGUGGCUCCAGCUCCACAAAACAGUACAGAGAUGGAAGUGGAUGUCAGUAUUGAGAUUCCAGCCAGCAAGGCAACAGUACUUAGAGGCCAUGAGUCCGAAGUCUUUAUCUGCGCUUGGAACCCUACUACUGACCUCCUUGCUUCUGGGUCAGGAGAUAGUACAGCGAGGAUAUGGGACAUGGGGGAUACCACCACCAGUCCUAACCAGCUGGUACUACGUCACUGUAUUCAGAAAGGUGGAACUGAAGUACCCAGCAAUAAAGAUGUCACUUCAUUAGAUUGGAAUUGUGAUGGAACACUAUUAGCUACUGGAUCUUACGAUGGAUACGCUCGUAUAUGGAUGACAGACGGUCGACUUGUAAGCACUCUCGGACAACACAAAGGACCUAUCUUUGCUCUCAAGUGGAACAAAAGAGGGAACUACAUCCUCAGUGCAGGUGUUGACAAGACAACAAUCAUCUGGGACGCAGCAAGUGGACAGUGCACUCAACAGUUCUCAUUCCAUUCGGCUCCUGCACUAGAUGUUGACUGGCAGACCAACACCAGUUUUGCCUCUUGCAGUACAGAUCAGUGCAUUCAUGUCUGCAAGCUUAGUGUCGACAAGCCAAUCAAAUCUUUCCAAGGACACACUAAUGAGGUAAAUGCUAUCAAGUGGGAUCCUCAAGGCAACUUGUUAGCAUCGUGUUCUGACGACAUGACACUGAAGAUCUGGUCGAUGAAACAAGACACUUGUGUCCAUGACUUGCAAGCCCACAGCAAGGAGAUCUACACCAUCAAGUGGAGUCCUACUGGACCUGGCACUGCUAAUCCCAACAUGAGCCUUAUAUUGGCUAGUGCAUCGUUCGACUCCACAGUUCGAUUGUGGGAUGUUGAAAGAGGGGCAUGUAUACACACACUCACGAAACACACAGAGCCAGUGUAUAGUGUAGCGUUCUCUCCUGAUGGCAAAUACUUGGCGUCAGGCAGUUUUGACAAGUGUGUUCAUAUUUGGUCCACUCAGAGUGGACAGCUGGUGCACAGCUACAAGGGGACUGGUGGCAUAUUUGAAGUGUGUUGGAACUCCAGGGGAGACAAAGUUGGAGCAAGUGCGUCAGACGGCAGUGUGUUUGUUCUGGACCUCAGAAAGUUGUAGUAGAGCCGGUCCCAACAUCUCUCUAGGGUUGUGAUUAUUACAAGACUCCAAGGACAGAUUGAAGAAGUUGGGGUGUAAUGUAAUGUAGAGAUCAGUGUUUACUUAAGUUGUACAUAUUAUGCCAGUUAACUUUUACCUCUUAGAUGUAUUUCUUAGUUCAAGCUUAGAUUUAAGUAAUAUAUACAUAUAUAAUAUGCUAUAGCAGUAAUAUUUUUGUACGAAGCUGUCCUACAUGUGUUAUUAUAACAAUUUUAGUUAAAAUAUAAUGUUAGUUAUUAUGACAUCGUGAAAAUCUCCAUAGUACUGAAUUAGUUUUCUGUUUAUUAGUAUUUUAAGGUUUACGAUUAGCUGUUUACAAUAAUAUUGGAGUUUUAUAGUAAGUUUUAGAGUUUAGAAGAGUUUUAAUAGUUUCAAAAUUAUUGUAGUACAUGAGUCAGGAAAUUAUCAUAGUUUUAUUUUUAAAAUCCAUCUUUAGAAUCCGAUUUUAGAUAGACAAUACAAAAUAAUUGAGAUUUAUAAAUGAUUGUUCUGUUUAUAUUUUGAUGUUGUGUGAAGAUGGCUUAAUCAAAUCUUUUGAUUAUCUUGGAAAUACAUGUUACAGUAUUAGAAAUAAUAAAUAAUUUUAAAAGUG